AUUAAUAACAGACUCAAGUACCCGCGCAUCGUGAAACUGACAAACUAAAGAUAAGGAAAGGACUGAUGGAUGUUGCUAACAGAACUCAAAACAGGCAGCCACUGGUGAAGGAUGAUUUAGGAGAAAGAGUCCAAAAGCUAUUCCAAGACUUUUUAGAAUCGUGCACUGAGAAUGGUGAGUUGAAGUACCUCCCGGCUGCGUCUGAGCUCCAAAGAAUGGAGAAAUGCACUUUAACUGUUAGUUUCCAGGACCUGGAGGAGUACUCCACUCGUCUAGCAGGUGUAAUACAAGAGCAUUACUACAGAGUAUUUCCGUAUCUGUGUCGUGCAGUUGAGAAUUUUGCUCGUGACCAUGUGAAGGAGAAUGUUAAUAUCAACGAUAUUGACUGCUACGUUUCUUUUGUUGAUGUACACACACGCCACAAGGUACGUGAAUUAUCCACGUCUAAAGUUGGGACCCUCUUGAGGAUCAGUGGUCAGGUGGUGAGGACACACCCAGUUCAUCCUGAGCUAGUGUCUGGUACUUUUAUGUGUCUGGAGUGCCAGACAACCAUCACUGGGAUUGAACAACAGUUCAAGUAUUCACAGCCGACUGCUUGCCGUAACCCAAACUGUACCAACAGGAAGAGGUUCUUGUUGGACAUGACGACCUCAAAGUUUGUUGAUUUUCAGAAAGUUAGAAUACAAGAAACCCAGCAAGAACUGCCGAGGGGCAGCAUUCCAAGAAGUUUGGAGAUAAUAUUAAGAGCAGAUGCUGUGGAGUCGGCUCAAGCUGGGGAUAAGUGUGAUUUCAUUGGUACCCUCAUCGUGGUACCCGACGUAUCACAGAUAAGAACCAAUGCGUCCAUAGAGACCUCAAGGAUCAAGCAGCAAGAUGGAGGGAACAGGGGGUUUGAUAACGACGGGGUGAGGGGGCUAAAAAUGUUAGGGGUUCGAGAUUUAACAUAUCGGCUGGCGUUCCUGGCUUGUUCUGUAAUCCCAAAUGAUAAGUUUGGCGGUUUAAAUGUCCCAAAUGAAUGCGUGACAGCUGAAGAGAUAAGGUCCCACAUGACAAUGAGUGAAUGGGAGAGGCUAUACAGCAUGAGUCAGGAUAAGAACUUGUAUCAGAAUCUCAUCUCUUCUCUCUUUCCGACAAUACACGGGAACGAUGAGGUGAAGAGAGGAGUCUUGCUGAUGCUGUUUGGUGGAGUACCUAAGGUUACCACAGAGAGGACUCAUCUCCGUGGCGAUAUAAACGUGUGUAUUGUUGGAGAUCCUAGCACAGCAAAGAGUCAAAUACUAAAGAUGGUAGAAGAGUUCACUCCUCGUGCUGUCUACACUAGCGGGAAGGCCUCCAGUGCAGCUGGACUCACUGCAGCUGUAGUGCGGGAUGAAGAGUCAGGAGAAUUUGUAAUAGAAGCAGGCGCAUUGAUGCUAGCAGACAAUGGUAUUUGCUGUAUCGAUGAGUUUGAUAAGAUGGACCCACGGGACCAGGUGGCUAUACACGAGGCAAUGGAGCAACAAACAAUAUCCAUCACUAAGGCUGGAGUGAAGGCCAGUCUUAACGCCAGGGCCAGCAUAUUAGCAGCUGCUAAUCCAAUAGGAGGAAGAUAUGAGAGAAGCAAACCUCUCCAACACAACAUUAAUCUCAGUGCUCCCAUCAUGUCACGAUUUGACCUCUUCUUCAUAUUAGUCGAUGAAACUAACGAGGUUACAGAUUAUGCCAUUGCCAGACGUAUUGUUGAUCUUCAUUGUAAGAAAGAUGACUCAGUGGACAGGGUCUAUACACUAGAUGAGAUUCAACGCUACCUGCUAUUUGCAAGACAAUUUAAACCAAAGAUUUCCCCUGAGAGUAAGGAGUUCAUUGUUGAGCAGUACAAAAGACUAAGACUGAGGGAUACAUCAGGUGGCACAAAGUCCUCAUGGCGUAUAACAGUCCGACAGCUGGAAAGUAUGAUCAGACUUUCCGAGGCCAUGGCCCGCAUACACUGCUCUGAUGUGGUACUCACGAAACAUGUCCAAGAAGCAUUCCGGCUCCUUAACAAGUCGAUAAUAAGAGUCGAGACACCAGAGAUUGACUUCGGAGCAGAUGAACCUCAACUUGUAGAGGGAGAGGAGGAGGAAGAAAGGGGCGUGGCUCAGGAAGGAUCCACUGGUCUUGCUGAUGAUGGUAUCAACUCUGGUAAUAUCCCCCAGGGGGGUGACGAGGAUAAACUGGUCAAACCAGUUGGACGGAAGAUAAGAGUCACUUACGAGCAGUAUCGGAGCAUUGCUAACAUGCUGAUACUCCACCUGCGGAGGAUGGAGGAAGCUUCGGAAGAGGAUCAGGGGGACAAGGGUGUACACAGGAGUACACUGGUCAACUGGUACCUUGGAACAAUGGAAGAGAAUAUUGAGGAUGAACACGAACUGGCCGAAACCAAACUACUGGUGGACAUGGUCAUUGAUAGGCUAGUUAAACAUGAUCGGGUGCUGUUGGAGCUGAGAGAUGACAAAGAAGGUGAUGGGAGUAUGGAGGUUGAAAGAGAAGGAGCAAGCAAAGAGGAACAGGAUCCAUACCUCAUGGUUCAUCCUAACUAUGUAGUCGAAUCAUGAGCUGUUGAUAAUCUGCAAGAACACAUUAUAUGAUAGUCUUUUAAAAUUAAAUAUUAAUUGUAAAAACCAAAAAACCAUUGUCCAUCCUUUGAAACCUA